AUGAUUGCACUGGCAACUCCAAAUACUUUGGGACAUUGGGGAUAUCUAUCCUCGUCACUGGCCUUCACAAUUUUUCGUGUAGGAAUAUUUAUGUCGAGGAGUUUUGCUAGAAAAACGAUUGGCAUCAAGAUAUUACUCAUCUUGUCAUGGUUAGUACCAUUUGUAAUCACCUUUGGGACAACUGCUCUUGGAUGCUACAAAAGGUACAACCGCUUCGCCCUCGCAUACACAUUUGAUUGUUCCAACUGCGAUAACUUAUUCUUGGGAUUUUCGUACAAUACAUUCAAUUCAUGGUCCGGCCAGGUUAUACCAUUCGUAAUGAUAGUUGCUUAUGCUCUCUUACUUAUUGAUAUCCACCGUAACUACAGAAGCCUCAGUAGAGUUGGUCAGCUCGAAUCACUCUCUGAUGCUAGACUC